UCUUGCUUGGCUGGCUUGCUUGCUUGGCUGGCUUCACUUGCUCGCUUGCUGUCCACAGGUCCACCCUUCCACCACUGCCCUCGAGCGAGUCCACCAGACCUCAGUGCAACCCUCGCUGCACCCACGACUUGCCCGUCCCUGUGAGCCUCAGAGCCUCCCUCCUCCCGCCCCUCGUUUACAUUGCUUGCAUUUAUUGCAUUGUCACUACGUCAGCGGCGUGUGACGAUGCAGGAUGGUGCUGCGAUGGCGACGGGGACUGCUGACGUUGAUGCUGGCGUUGUGUGUGCUGAUUGCGGUGGCAUCUGUGGCCAUGUUGGGGUUGAGCGCCUUCCACCGCGCAAACUUGCGUGCUGAAGCCGCAAGCAUGCAUGCAGAACGGGUGCUGCGGUCGGUGCGCUCGGCCGUCCAUCGCAGAGGACACCGUCGCCACCAACCACAACCCACGACACCGGGGGUUGGAGACCACGUGCGCCUGUACCACGGACAGUGGCAAGGACAGGCAUUGUUCGAUCGCCUGCUGGCAAGACGGGUGGACACGGACAAGGCGCUGCUGCAGCAGGGCAUGUCAACUACUGAUGUCGCUGCUGCCGGCGAUGAGGGCCCAAGGAUUCGCACGGUGGAACAAGGGCAGAAACAACAAGCGGCGCCGCGACAGGAAGAUGAGCGAGACACGGCGUUUGUGGUGUUCAUCCUGGCUUCAAACAAGGAUAUUCACUUUGAAGCGCUGGUGGACAGCUUGCUUCGCUGUAACAUGGCAAACGGCACGCACAUUGUGGUCUCCCAUGACGGGCAUGACUCCCGGAUGGAGCGCACGGCGCGCAGGCUGCGACGCCGCUUCAGGGUAUCCCAGAUCUUUCACCCAUUUGCCUGCCGCACUGCAGAGGAACGGCAUGGGUUCCCCAAGUACAGCCAGUUUGGCCGCGUGCGCCAGUACUGGCAGUACACGUGCGCCAAGCACCACUGGUUCUGGGCCAUGCACCGCGUCUGGCACUACUUUCGCGGGGCACGCUGGCUGUACUACCUCGAAGAGGAUUUCCUCGUCAGCAAGCACAUUGGCUCCAUCUUGCCUGCGCUCAUGAAGGAGGCAGAUGCCAGGGACGACGUGUUUGGUGCAAUGUCCCAGUGCCGAGACAACCUGUGGACUGUCAGCGGGCUCAUGAAACGGGCAGCGUGGGAUGCACUCCUGCAACGCGCGCAGUUCUUCUGUACUUUUGACGAGUACAACUGGGACCUGACGAUGAAGCAGGCAUUUGUGCAGCUGGAUGGCCCGACGAGAUACCUGUGUCCGCUGCGCGAACACGUUUUCCACACUGGCAUCUACGGCAAGGGCCUGACGCACGGCUCGGAGAUGGAGUCACGCGAGGAGCUGCGUGCCACUGUGGAUGGCGCCCGCCUCCGCUUCUAUGCAAAGACAGACACAUGGACGUCGUUGGCAGGCACAAGGGAGGAGCACCUGCACACACCCCAUGCCGGGCUGCGCGGGUUUGGCGUUGAAGACGCAACACACUGUUUAUAUGUUCACCAGUGGUUCCAAGACCGCGCCACUAAACGUACUGCCUGACACACUUUAAUAUAUGACGACUGUCGUUUCACCGUAUGGCUCUGCUCGCUUGGUUGCUUGCUUGCUUACUUACUUGGUUGAUUGGUUGAUUGGUUGAUUGGUUGAUUGGUUGUUGACUUUCUUUCUUUCUUUCUUGACUUGUGGCUUGAGUUCUUGGCUCGUGGUGUUGCAAGACGUGUUGGCUAACGGCACAUUUCAUUUAUGACAUGACAUGCUGUUCACGUUCUCACGUUUGUUGUUGUUUUUGCGGGCGCACUGCGUUCUGUGCUUUUUUGUUGGUUUGCUGUAUUACAUGUCAUCAUCCUUGCGGGCUUCUCCGUUUAUGUACCGAAUAGCCAUCCCCAUCACGCUACCCAUCAAUGCGUGCAGUGCCUGCACAUGUGCCCUAUCUCUGCUUCAGCGUGCCUCGACAAC